AUGGCCAACGCCCUAUACAACAUCUACCGGUUGGCCGGUCCCGUGGCCGCAGGUGCCAUCCUCUUCAACGCCUCCAUCUACGAUGUUCGCGGCGGUACUCGCGCAGUCAUCUUCGACAGAAUCUCCGGUGUUCAAGAGACGGUGGUGAAUGAAGGUACACACUUUCUUAUUCCGUGGUUGCAACGGGCGAUCGUGUAUGACGUGCGCACGAAGCCUCGCAAUAUCUCGACAACCACUGGAAGUAAGGAUCUUCAGAUGGUGAGCUUGACACUGCGUGUCUUGCAUCGUCCGGACGUGCCGAAGCUGCCCCAAAUCUACCAGUCGUACGGUACCGAUUACGAUGAGCGUGUUCUCCCUUCCAUCGGUAACGAAGUCCUCAAGGCGAUCGUCGCGCAAUUCGAUGCCGCCGAACUCAUCACCCAGCGUGAAGCCGUCUCGAACCGCAUCCGCAAUGACCUCUUGAAGCGUGCUUCGCAGUUCAACAUCGCUCUGGAAGAUGUUUCCAUCACCCACAUGACCUUCGGCAAGGAGUUCACCCGUGCUGUUGAACAGAAACAGAUCGCCCAGCAAGAUGCCGAGCGGGCCCGUUUCAUCGUCGAACGCGCUGAGCAGGAGCGUCAAGCCAACGUCAUCCGUGCCGAGGGUGAAGCCGAGAGUGCCGAGAUUAUCAGCAAGGCUGUCGCCAAGGCCGGAAGCGGUUUGAUCGAGAUUCGUAAGAUCGAUGCUAGCAAGGAGAUUGCUCACACAUUGGCUACCAACCCUAAUGUGACAUAUUUGCCGGGUGGGGAGGGUAAGGAUGGUGGAAAGAGCACGAGCCUCCUGUUGGGUCUGCGUUCUUAG